AUGUGUUCCUGCCUCAACGAUACGAUGUCUCUUUCACCAACCAAAAAGCCAGUGCAUGAAGAUAAUAGCCAUUCAUCAUCAUCAUCAUCCUCGUUAUCUUUAUCAUCGUUGCCAAAUGACGCAAUCUUGAGGUGCUUGCUCGGAGUACCAAGAAGCUCUCACCUCAACGUAUCUCACGUGAACAAGACUUUCAGGUCUCUUGUUCGGUCGCCGGAGUUCAAGUUUCACCAAAUCCGAUCGCUCCUCCUCCGCAAGGACUCCGUUUACGUCUGCUUCUCAUACGGAGACAGCGGUGUCUUCCAAUGGUUCACUCUCCGCCCCUUUGAGAUCGAGAAUGAAAAGAAGAAGACGAUUGAGUAUCGACUUGUCCCAUUCUCAAUUCCGCGUCCUAGUAAUGGCUUUGCGUUUGUUCCUUCAGAUGUCCUCGCCGUUGGGUCAGAGAUCUACUUCAUUGGCUACAACUCCAAAGAAGACUCCGACUCCUACAAGGAUCUCUGGAUCUUUGACACUCGAUCCGGAAACUUAACUCAAGGACCAAGCAUGAAGUUUCACCGCAGGGCGUACGCCGCCGUGGAAGUGGUCGAGGGGAAGAUAUACGUGAUCGGAGGAGAGUAUAAGGGAGCAGAGGAGAUGCGAGUGGAGGUUUUUGAUCCGAAGACGCGGAUUUGGAGUUUCGCAUGGGAGGAGAAACUCCCAUGGCUACGGUCGCAGUUUUGCGCCACUCUGGAGGGGAAGGUUGUUACGGUGCAUGAUCGCGGUUAUGUCAUCGCGGUAUAUGAUCCGAGACAAGGUAAAAGAGAGGAGAUGAAUGUAGGAAAAGAAAUGGUAGAAACAAGAAGAAGUGUUCCUGAUAUGCUGAUUUGUGUGUGUGCGGUUGAGAAUGUGCUCUAUGGUUGUUUUAUUAGUAGUGGGUUUAUGUGGUUUGACAUAAAGCGUAGUGUUUGGACAAGGUUGGUUAUGUCUGAAUCUGAUUAUAUCUUUGAUGUCACUGAUUACUUUGAUGUGGAUGCAAUGGUGGAAUAUCAUGGUAAGCUUGCGGUUUUCUGGCAUCAUCAUAAAUUUAGUCAGGAGGAGAAGAAUUAUGAUAGUAAGUGUGGAUUGAUGGCAUUGGAUAAAGUUGGAGGAAAGAUUCGUGGGACGAUCGAAUGGUCUGGUGUUGUGGCCACUAAUGUCCCUAAUUACUGUAAGAUUGAGCACUGUUUUGCUGUUUCUCAUUGA